AUGACCGUCAAGUUUCUCUCCGCCUGCUUUGCUGGCGCAGUCGCAGGCAUUCUGGGUCUCCAAAACUGGGCUGGCUUCGCACUCUUCCUUGCCUCCACCCUCUUCACGUCCUUCUGCAUAUACUUCAUUAACUGCCACGGAAAGCCUAAAAAGUACUUUCCCGACGGCUGGACGGGUCUACUAAGCCCAGGACAAGAGAACGCGUUCACGUUUAUUCUCGUUUGGACAUUAUUCUUUGGAAUUGUUCAUGUCUACGAUUAG